CUACUACUAGGAACCUGUUUCAACCUAUAAGGGCGCUAACAACUAUUAGUGGACCGUACUAGGAGUUCAACAAGUUGCACCCUGCAGCCGGCCUCGGAGGGUUGUCAUAUGGGGAUUGGCAGGUGCCUGGAGUCUGUUUGCGAGUCUGCUGCGUCAUUCCUUCAGCCUGCACAGGUAGAGUGACGGAAGGGGAAGGACUAAGUCACGGGCCAAGGGUUACAGCCACUCCAUCCCCGAAACAGUCCAGCCACCACCACUGCCAUCACCCACCUCUCUCUUGUUGUCCCUUCUAUCAACAAGCCAUCCUUUGCUGCAUCUACAGGCAGCUCGUCUUCAUCCGCAUAUUUGUCUCAGGAUAGCGUUUGGUGGUUGCAAGUAUGAAGAACACUUUCAUCGUCGCAGCCGCUGCGCUGCUCGGUGGUGCCAAUGCUGGCAUGCACCGUAUGAAGCUCCAGAAGGUCCCGUUGGAGCAGCAACUGAGUGCCGCAAACAUUGGCGACCACUUGCGAGCCCUUCGUCACAAGUAUACGCAAAAGACACUCGGCGGCCCGGCUGAGGACAUCUUCAGACAUACGUCGAUUGAUAUCGAUAGCCCGCACGAGGUCCCGGUGGAGAACUUCUUGAACGCACAAUACUUCAGCACCAUUGCUCUUGGGACGCCACCUCAGGAAUUCAAGGUAGUCCUCGACACAGGCAGCUCCAACCUCUGGGUUCCCAGUUCCGAGUGCGGCUCGAUCGCCUGCUACCUCCAUCAGAAGUAUGAUUCCUCCGCUUCCUCUACAUACAAAAAGAAUGGGUCCGAAUUCGGCAUUCGAUACGGCUCUGGUGAGGUGGCUGGCUUCAUCUCUCAGGACAUUCUGCGGAUUGGAGACCUCAAGAUCAAGGAUCAACUCUUCGGCGAAGCAACCAGCGAGCCUGGCCUCGCAUUUGCGUUCGGCAGAUUUGAUGGUAUUCUUGGUCUUGGCUAUGAUACCAUCGCUGUCAACCAUAUUCCUCCUCCCUUUUACAACAUGAUCGACCAGGGGCUCUUGGAUGAGCCUGUCUUUGCCUUCUACCUUGGCAACACCAAUGAUGGAACCGAGUCUGAGGCAACUUUUGGUGGCAUUGACAAGGACCACUACACCGGCAAGAUGGUCAAGAUUCCCCUGCGUCGCAAGGCAUACUGGGAAGUCAACCUUGAUGCCAUCACCUUUGGCAAGGAGACUGCUGAUCUCGACAACACCGGUGUCAUCCUUGACACUGGCACUUCAUUAAUUGCUCUCCCUUCCACUCUUGCUGAACUACUCAACAAAGAGAUCGGUGCCAAGAAGGGAUUCAAUGGCCAGUACACAGUGGAGUGCGACAAGCGUGACUCUCUCCCAGACGUCUCCUUCACCCUCAGUGGGUACAACUUCUCGAUCACAGCUUAUGACUAUAUUCUUGAGGUUCAAGGCUCUUGCAUCAGCAGCUUCAUGGGCAUGGACUUCCCCGCUCCCACUGGACCCUUGGCCAUUCUUGGGGACAGUUUCUUGAGACGCUGGUACAGUGUCUAUGACCUCGGCAACGACGCCGUUGCUCUCGCUCGCUCCAAGUAAAUCCGAAGUCUAUUGGAAGGGCCGCACAUGUGUUGCUGCUAAGGAUGGAUAUGCUACUAUGAGGCUGAGAUGCUACGAGGCUUGGAGGUGCAUCGUAAUUCCGUGGAUGGCAUUGAAGGAGUCUACGUGGUUUUGUAACUGGGCUUAAGCCUCUAUAUUCACGUCUCUUAUUUUGCUGUACCACAUACAACUUCAAUUCCAAAGCAAGCCCAAUAUUCAGGCCUCCUUAGAUCCAAGGCCUGGAACCUAUAAAAGCUUGGAAGCAUUGAGGCACUUUACAUGCAAAUCUCAUGAUCCGUACAUCUGUACUAGCAGUGCAGUACUAGGCUGGCC